GAUGAAGAGGCGGUGAUAGACAGAGGUGGAACUCGUUCAAUGCUCAACACCAACUUUGAAAAGGAAGAGUUGGAAGGCCACCGUACCCUCUAUAUUGGGGUCCAUGUUCCACUGGGGAGAAGGUCACACAGACGUCACCGACACCAUGGCCACCGGCACAGGAAGAGGUCCCGAGAGAGAGACUCAGGGACGGAGGACGGGAGAGAAUCUCCCUCCUACACUGACACUCCGUCUCAGAGGGUGCAGUUUUUGUUAGGUAUGGAGGAUGAGGAUGAGGAGCACAUUCCUCACGCGCUCUUCACUGAGCUGGAUGAGAUCUGUCUGAAGGAGGGACAGGACGCAGAGUGGAAAGAAACCGCCAGAUGGUUGAAAUUUGAGGAGGAUGUAGAGGAUGGAGGAGAGAGGUGGAGUAAACCCUACGUAGCCACGCUGUCCCUGCAUAGCCUGUUUGAGCUGCGAAGUUGCAUCCUGAAUGGCAUUGUGAUGCUGGACAUGCGUGCUAACUCUUUAGAGGAGAUAGCAGACAUGGUCCUGGACCAGCAUGAGACGUCAGGUACUCUCGGAGAGGACGUACGUAGAAAGAUCAGGAACGCCCUCCUCAAACAGCAUCACCAUCAGAACCAGAAGAAACUGGCCAACCGCAUCCCCAUCGUCAGGUCAUUCGCCGACAUUGGCAAGAAGCAGUCUGAGCCACACUCAAUGGAUAAGAAUGGUCAGAUGGUGUCUCCUCAGUCCCAGCCCUCUAGUGCGGAGGGCAAGGGAGACGGCAGUCGAGAGAACAGUGCAGUGGACUUCAGUAAAAUAGACCUGCACUUCAUGAAGAAGAUCCCACCUGGUGCUGAGGCAUCGAAUAUCCUGGUGGGUGAGCUGGAGUUUCUAGAAAAACCCGUGGUGGCUUUUGUGCGCCUGUCACCCGCUGUUCUGCUCAAUGGCCUGGCUGAGGUGCCUAUUACCACCAGGUUUCUGUUUAUUCUGCUGGGGCCAGUGGGAAAGGGCCCACAGUACCACGAGAUUGGCCGAUCUAUCGCAACCUUAAUGACAGAUGAGGUUUUCCAUGACGUGGCAUAUAAAGCAAAGGACCGCAAUGACCUGGUGGCUGGUAUCGAUGAGUUCCUGGACCAGGUAACAGUUUUGCCUCCUGGAGAGUGGGAUCCAACCAUCAGGAUAGAACCGCCAAAAAAUGUACCCUCUCAGGAAAAGAGGAAAAAUCCUCCUUUACCGAAUGGAGUGACUGAUAUGGGAGAGGCAGAAGAACACGGUGGUCAUGGAGGCCCAGAAUUACAGCGCACUGGGAGGUUUUUUGGUGGCUUUGUUCUGGAUGUGAAACGCAAGGCUCCUCAUUACUUGUCAGACUACACAGAUGCAAUCAGUCUUCAGUGUUUGGCCUCUUUCCUCUUCCUCUACUGCGCCUGCAUGUCCCCUGUCAUCACCUUUGGAGGGCUACUGGGGGAAGCCACCGAGGGACGCAUAAGUGCCAUAGAAUCUCUGUUCGGAGCCUCUAUGACUGGUAUAGCCUACUCUCUCUUUGCUGGCCAGCCUCUCACCAUACUGGGCAGCACUGGGCCUGUUCUGGUGUUUGAGAAGAUUCUCUUUAAAUUCUGCAAAGAUUACGGCCUGUCCUACCUCUCCUUACGCACCUGCAUCGGCCUUUGGACAGCCUUCUUCUGUCUCAUUCUGGUAGCCACAGAUGCAAGCUCGCUGGUGUGUUACAUCACACGCUUCACAGAGGAAGCCUUUGCUUCCCUCAUCUGCAUCAUCUUCAUUUAUGAGGCACUGGAAAAACUUGUCCACUUGGGGGAGUCCUACCCUUUCAACAUGCACAAUGACCUCAACAAACUCACCCAGUACUCUUGUGCUUGUACGGAGCCAAAAGAACCGAGCAAUGCCACGCUACGUUACUGGCAGGAAAAGAACAUCACCAGCUCGGAGGUGGACUGGUUAAGCCUGAAUGUGAAGGAAUGCAUUGAGAAUAAGGGGGAGUUCGUGGGCAGUGCUUGUGGUCAUCAUGGACCCUACGUUCCCGAUGUUCUCUUUUGGUCCGUCAUCCUGUUCUUUUCCACCGUCGCCAUGUCCUCCUUCCUUAAAGAGUUCAAGACAAGCCGCUACUUUCCUACCAAGGUGAGGGCAAUCAUCAGUGACUUUGCGGUCUUCAUCACCAUCCUCACUAUGGUCAUUGUAGAUUACGCUCUGGGAGUGCCUUCCUCCAAACUACAGGUUCCCAACGAGUUUAAACCAACCAGAGACGACCGUGGAUGGGUGAUUAGUCCACUGGGCCCAAACCCAUGGUGGACCGUUCUUGUGACCUCCAUCCCUGCACUUCUCUGUACCAUCCUCAUCUUCAUGGAUCAGCAGAUCACUGCAGUCAUCAUCAACAGAAAGGAACACAAGCUAAAGAAAGGCUGUGGGUACCACUUGGACCUGUUUGUGGUUGGAGUGAUGUUGGGAGUGUGUUCAGUGAUGGGGUUGCCAUGGUUUGUGGCAGCCACAGUUCUGUCCAUCUCCCACGUGAACAGUCUGAAGCUGGAGUCUGAAUGUUCAGCCCCAGGCGAGCAGCCAAAGUUUCUGGGAAUCAGAGAGCAGCGUUUCACUGGUCUUAUGAUCUUUCUCCUCAUGGGCUGCUCUGUCUUCAUGACUUCUGUGCUAAAGUUUAUUCCAAUGCCUGUUCUGUAUGGAGUCUUCCUGUAUAUGGGAGCCUCGUCACUCCGGGGAAUACAGUUCUUUGAUCGGCUGAGGUUGUUUUUCAUGCCCGCAAAACAUCAGCCAGACUUCAUUUACCUGCGGCAUGUCCCUCUGAGAAAGGUUCACCUGUUUACCAUCAUCCAGCUCAGCUGUUUGGUCCUACUGUGGAUCAUCAAAACCUCCAGAGCAGCUAUCGUCUUCCCCAUGAUGGUCUUGGCUCUCGUGUUUAUUCGUAAGCUGUUGGACUUCAUCUUCUCUAAGAGAGAGCUCAGCUGGCUGGACGACCUGAUGCCCGAGAGCAAAAAGAAGAAACUGGAGGACGCGAAACAAAAGGAGGAUCAGAACACUGUCUUAGAGGACGAAGUCAUUGUGCAAGUCCCACUGGAGGGACAUUACAAGGAUGACCCAUCUACUGUAAACAUUUCGGACGAGAUGACUAAAGCCUCUUUCGGAAAUGUGUGGAAAAGUCUCAACACAGAAAACGCCAAAAAAGAUCAAAGCUCAAAAAGUUCUCCUGUGGGGGGGACCAGAACUAGAAUAGUGGAGAGUGUGGAGGAUGAUGAAAAAGACUUGGACAGAGAGACUAGUUUGUGA